GGGAGGGUGCGUGUCGCCAGGGACACGCACUCACACACACACACAGACACGCACACACACACACACAGACACAGACACACAGCCCCGGGCACACGCACACACAGCGCGCGCAGGCAGGGCGGCCCUGCAGCGCCUCGCCGCUCGCCUUUGCGACCGAGCGCCGGCAACAAAGAGCCACCCACCCGCCCCUUCUCCUCCUCCUUUCCCUGCCGGCUCUGCUCCGCGGCCCUGCCCGGCCCCGCCGCGGGAUGUAGCCGGGCCGGGAGCUGCCAGCGAGGCACCGCGGCCCCCCGCUGCCCCGCCUGGGCCCGGCCCUCCAUGCCCCCGCGCUGAGGCCGGGAGGCGGCGGGCGUGCCGGCGCUGGGCGCUUUGCCGGGGCUGACGGCGUUGCCGGCCACCAUGGGGAAAUCCAACAGCAAGUUGAAGCCUGAAGUUGUGGAGGAGCUGACCAGGAAAACGUACUUUACAGAGAAGGAGGUGCAGCAGUGGUACAAGGGCUUUAUCAAGGAUUGCCCCAGCGGGCAGCUCGACGCCGCUGGCUUUCAGAAGAUCUAUAAGCAGUUCUUCCCAUUCGGUGACCCAACCAAAUUUGCCACCUUUGUUUUCAAUGUCUUUGAUGAGAACAAAGACGGGAGGAUCGAGUUUUCAGAGUUCAUCCAAGCGCUGUCGGUCACCUCCCGGGGCACGCUGGACGAGAAGCUGAGGUGGGCAUUUAAACUGUAUGACUUGGACAAUGACGGGUACAUCACAAGGAACGAGAUGCUGGACAUUGUGGAUGCCAUUUAUCAGAUGGUGGGAAACACAGUGGAGCUCCCUGAGGAGGAGAACACGCCAGAGAAGAGGGUGGAUCGGAUUUUCGCCAUGAUGGACAAGAACGCAGACGGGAAGCUGACGCUGCAGGAGUUCCAGGAGGGCUCCAAGGCCGACCCCUCCAUCGUGCAGGCGCUGUCCCUCUACGAUGGGCUCGUAUAGUCCCAGGGCCGAGCGGCGAUGCCUGGGGGAAGAUGCUCUCCGUGCCAUCCGACCACCGCCGCGCGAAGCUUGCCUGUCCCUCCUGGCCUUCCUUUCAGUUCCGCGAGCAAAGGAUGCCCUCGCAGCGCGAGCUCACUCCCCUCUGCACUCCAAACCAGCCGCUGCCAUUGCCGACUUCUGCUUGUUCCAAACCAAACCCAAACCAACAACAAACCACCAACAAACCAGAACCAAAACCAACCCACCACAGACCCCCCUUCCCCUAGGGCUGAGCUGGCAGCGAACGCCCGCGACUGCAGGGCUGGGGCAACGGGCCGAGCGGUGCCCCAAGGCAGAGCCCACCCCGACCUCCUCACUCUCUCCCCUCCCUUUUCUACCUUGUGGGACGGGGCUGUGGCUGCACUGGUGUGGUGCCUCUCUCCCAGGAACCAUCCGACUGGAGACGGAGCCCGAAGGUGGCGGGGGCCGUGUGCCGCAGCGUGCCGGGGGCGGUUGGGAGCACAGGCCCGGUUGGGAGCACAGGCCCGGUGUCCCCCAGCUCACCAGGGACAUCUGCUGUUAUAUUAGUAUUAUUUUAAUCCUUCUUUUUUUCUUUGGUGAGACAGUAUUGUGCUUUUUUUGUUUGUUUGUUUGUUUGAGGGGUUUUUUCUUUCCUUGGCUGGAAGUAAGUGAGGCUUUUUUUAUACACCCCAUCUCCACAAUGGAUACCCUUAUUUAUUUGUUGUAAGUGUUGCUCUGUGGUGUUUAGUCUCUCCUCUGUGUGUGUGUAUGUGUGUGUGUGUGUGUGUGUGUCUGACCACCUCGGUGAUGAUAUGUAAGGUUUACAUGCUCGUACACUAUUGCGAGGCACCGGGGGCCUGCAAUAACAAUGAAGCCAAAAAUCUGCCUUCCCCCUUCUCCUCCCAGCCCCUGCACACUGAGCUGCUGCUGGGGGAUGCUGUAGCUUCUUUUCCUCUUCCCAUUCUCUCGUUCCUUGCUUUUUCCUGUUCCCCCUUCCCCUCAGCCCAGGCUCUAAGCAGACUGAGCCUCUCCAUCCCUCAGGCAGCGUGAGGAAUCCACCAGGCACCAGGACAGCCUCAUUUCUUGUUUGUUGUUUUCAUCUUCUCACUGCAUGAAGAAGUAUGAAUGGAGCUGAGAGUUGGGUUUUGCUUCCUUUGCUAUUUGCUGUUUUGCAGGCAGUGGAAGGUCUGUUUGCAGCCCAGGGAGGUGGCAGGGAGUUAGCCCCUGUGCCAGCAGAGGGGAUGCCCGUGGGGAUGGCUCACUGCUUCCCUCCAUCCCAGCUGGGGUGAGGGGGCAGCUCCUGCCUCAGGGGUGCUGGGCUGGGAGUCCUGUGGCUCGAGGUGUUUCCUUAUCCCCUUGUUGAGGAUGUGGGAGGUUUGGCUGUAAAUGGAGAGCACAGCCCCAAAGCAGAGCUGCUUGUGCUCACUCUGCUCUGUGCUCCUGGCUGGGCUGUGGGAAUGCACCUGGAGACACCCAGCAUGGGUCCCCUGGACACCUGUGUGGCCUCUCCAUCACCCACCUCUGCACUGGGAUGUGCCCAGGCAGGAGGACAAGCAUGACAUGGGUGCUGCCAUGACUCUUGUUUCCAUCCACCUUGGCCCCUGCCCUGGGGAAGGAGAGAUUUGCAUCUCCUCAGGACCCCUGAGGCCACUCAGGAUGCAAAAUGAAUCCUGCCAGUGGGGCCAGGACAGGCUCUGUACCCAAAGCCAUGCUGGUCCUUUGCCAUGCAGCACUGCUCCCCAUGUUUGGGGUCAUAUUCUGGUGGCACUUUCUGAUGCCCAUAAAAACCUGCCCUUCCCCAUCCCUGAGACCAGCCUCAUGUCCACGUGCAAUAUUUGUGCCUCUUCUGUGGUUCCUGCCCCUGAGGGUGCCCAUGUUUCAUUGCAGGGGGCUCCUGGAGGGUGUCACCUCCACUCCCUCUUGUGGAAACUCCUUUUCCUUGAUGCUUUGUGGCCAAAACACGACUCUUUUGGGUAGAUCUUUGCAGUGCCUCCAACUUCUGGAACGCUCGUCUGCCAGACCAGUCCCUUCCCGGUGCCAAUCCAUGUUCCCAGUGAAUGUGACACUGCUGCAAUUGCCUCUGCUGAUAAAUGAAGGACCCCACAACGUUUGACAGAGUUCCCAGGCAAAAGCAAACCUCAUUUGCUCUGACACUUUCUCCCUGAAAGGCUUUUAAUUGUGCAAGGACCUGCCAUGCUUUGAGCUCCGUCAGCGCUCGCUGAUGUCCCAGCGAGGAGGCAGCGCUGCAGGGGCCACUGUCAGCAGUGGGGUGAGGGACCAGCAUCAUCCUGGGAGAGCUUCAGACCCCAGAAAUGCCCAAAUCCACUGUCCACCAGGCCCCAGGCAGGUGCUGCCAUUGCCAGCAACCUCCUGCUGCUGCUGGGGGCUGGAGCCCAAAGCCUCGUCCCCCCUCCCCCCAUGUUCAAUAUUUGCAUGUUAUCAAAAAGAAAAAGGAGCAAAAAGGAAACAAAAAAGGAGGUUGUAGCCUGUGUUCCAAACGUCAGCUGCGAGGAAGCCAUUGGUCUGGUGGUAAUGCUGAGCUGCCCUGAUGCUGAGCAGGGUCAGGGCUGGCUCUGCUCCUGGCUCCAGCCCCGUGGUGGGUCCCAGCGUGGGCUUGUUCCUGCCCCACUCGUGGCACACUGAGUGUCCCCUGGCAAAGCAUUUUAGCCCUAAUUUUUUGUGCAUUUGGGACCCUGGCUUGGAUGCUUCCAGCUACCCCUUGGGGAGCACUGAGGGCCCCCAACUCCUGAACAUCACCAGGAUUUGCAACUUCUCAGUGCUGAUGGAAGUAAGGCUUGAAGCAUCUCACCUUUGGAAAUGUGUUGGCCUUAACCUCCUCGUGCCUCAGUUUCCCCAUCAGUGAAAUGGCCUCUGCAGUAAGCCACGUGCCCAUGGGAGUGCCAGGGCUGGGGAUGGCUCAUGGCUGUAACCAGGAGGACUUGGCAGGACCCACAGAGCAUCAGCCCCACCGGGAGCGGUGCCUGAGCCGCCAGGUCAGAGGUUACAGCAGCCCAAUAAUUCAUUUCAGGCUGCUUCUUCCCACCUGCUCGUUGUGAAAAGCAAACAGCUGGCAGGACCUGGCCUGGCUGUGUUUGCACUGGGGUUCCUGGUGCCCCUGUGCUGGGAAGGGGACCCAAGGCUUGGCCAGGCAGAGGUGAGGCCCCGGCAGCGUGUGUGUGUCCCUCCCCCGGCGUUUGUCCCUGUCCCUGUUGCCCCAUUCAAUUGCCAUGUCUGUACUUUUCCUUUCUUUCCAUUUUUCUGUCUGUGUGCUGACUGUUGCUGCUUUGUAACUGUCUUUCCUUGAGCUCUGGGGCUGGGUUGGGCUGAGCUGUUUCCCCCUGAGAGCAGGGUGGGAGAAGGCUCUGGGGGCAGAUUCCCUCUCACCCUCUCAUCAACCAGGACCUGAGAGAGAGAAGUGAAGUGGGUUUUCCCUCUGGAGCAGUCCUUUAAUUGCUGUGAUUUGAGAUGGCAGCCCCCAGGACCAUCCCUGAUGGGUUUUUGGAGGGGGAUAUUUGUUUAGAGGGGAGCCCAGACCUGAUUUGGGCCAAGUGCCAGCUGCAUCUCACCCAACCAGGCAGGAGUGGGUGCCUGUUGGUGCCUGCCUCCCAUGCUGGGAGGGAGGGGGUUGCUGAGCCUGUGGCACCCCCAGCCCAGAGCCACUACUCACCCUGAGUGGGCAGAGGUGCAAAUAACCACCUAUUGCACUGACCUGGGGGGUGGAAGGGUCUGGGGGUCUUAGACUUGGAGCAGAGCUGGCUUUGAAGCAGAGCCACGAGGGCAGAGCUGGCAGAGCUGCCCUUUGCCGUGGAUACAGGCUCAGGGGGUUGGACAGAGGGUGGGUGGCCUGCAGCCAGCUCACUGUCCCAUUGUCCAGGGUCAAAGGGGAGAUCUGGGGCAUUUUGAGAGGGCACCAGCCACUCCUCCUUCACAGGGCUGUUGCCAGUGGCUGGCAGGGCAGGGGGAAAGGAGGGAGACCGUGGCCCUGGCCUCAGUGCACAGCUUGAGGGACUCCUUGCAGAGUUUCGGGGUCUCAGUUGCACGUGCCAGCCAGGCUGCUGGAAAGCCAUCCUUCCCUUCUCUCUCUCUAUCCCCAUGGCCACCAGCCCACGGUGGGAUGCCGUGUCCAGCAGGACCCGUGCCCUAGGGGAGGCUGAGCCCUGGGCUGGGAAACAGCAGCUCCAGCAAAGAGCCUUGUUUGUAAAGAUGAAGCCUGUUUGUGUGUCCGUGCCGGUGUCUCGGCUUGCAUGCCCUGCUGCCUUGUCUUGAGAUGAAUUCAAGAGCAAACCAAGCAAACAAAACUGUUGAGAAAACAAAACAAAACAAAACUGAAACCCAGGAACUUUGUGACAGUGGAAAUAAAAGCUUAAUGACAGUAACAAA